AUGCUGAAGAUGAAGGUGAAGCUGAGCUUCAAGCCGCUGAGCAGCAACACGUCGUACGACGAUGUUUUACGUGCGGAAGCACUAAUCACUUGCGGCAUGAUUGUCCUUUGCGUAAGCAACGCCAGGCUACAAAACAAACUCGACCCCGAGUCAGGAGUCUGGUAUGGCACGGGGAAAUGCCGACACCCAGUAGGCGCGGGGCGCCCUACUGGGGAAGAACUAGGUUCUGUUACACCUUUAGAAGGUAAAGGAGCUUAG